UCAUGGAAGUGACCUGUUCACUCCUUGAACUCUGUAGGUCCCUAUUUUUCAAAGUGAGAUAGGGCUGAAAGACUGCCUCCAUCGGGUUCCCCUGGGCUUAUAAAGCCACCCCUUCUGUCCUCCCGCAGGUGCCAGGAAACUGCAAUGGGCAGAGACAGGAGCCCUUCCACAAAUUUACAGCCCGGGAGGAAGAGGACAAUCGGAAACAAAUAACAUCCAGUCAUUGAUGGUCAUUGACUGUCACUUUUUUUUUUAACUUUUUUUUUUAAACUUUUUUUUUUUUUUUUCUGAGCUGGGGACCGAACCCAGGGCCUUGCGCUUGCUAGGCAAGUGCUCUACCACUGAGCUAAAUCCCCAACCCCAAGACUGUCACUUUUUUUCCUUUUCAUUUCUUAAUUCUGGAGAUUGAAUUAAGGACCUAACAUGCCGAGACGCCCUCAGCCCCUCUUGGGGAUUCUAAACAAUCUGUCUCUGAGCAACAUCCCCAGCUUAAAGGUUUGAUUGUUAAACAUAGAAUAGAGGGAAGGAAGAAGAAGCCAUCAAGGAAAGGCCUCUGGGGAGGUGGCCUUUGAGCAGUGACCCACAUAAAGUUAGGGAGACAACGCUUAAAAGUAGCUUGGAGGAAGAGCUCCCUCUGGCGGUGGGAACCGCCAAUUCAGCAGCGAGGUUGUAGGAAUAACCUUGAUCUCUCCAGGCAUCUGCAGCUGCACCAGGUGUAGGGAGUCAAGAGUUUUAUUCUAACAGUGAAGGCCAGUCUCCUGAGUACUUCUAUUCUGCGUCCAUCCAACAACCACUUAAAAAAAAUUCCUUGGCUGCUGUGAAGCGAAAUGGCUGUGGACACGGAUGAGGGACCAGAGGAGGGGUUGGAGGUGGCUAGGGGGCGACUGAAGACUCUCUAGGCAAAUUGUCCAGCUUCGCGCUUUCCGCUUGUGGGGCUGGCCCUGUGCCAACAGGGCGUUCCUCCCUCAUUGGUGUGAUAAUAUGAAAGUAAUACUUUUUAAAUACUCAUUUAUGGUAGAUGAACAUGCACCCCAGUACCUUGCCAAGACUUGACUCAGGGAGGGAGCAGAAGCUCUAGGUCCUUAAGCUGGAAGCUAGAAGACCAAAAAGAAAAAAAAAGAAAAAAAAAAAAAAACAACCGACAACAACAACAACAAAGCAUGCAGAGCAGGUUUUUGGAAUCAUUUCUGUAGCAUCCCUGCUCCUGGGCCUCUGGUAUGAGAAAGGUGCUGUGUUCACUUUUGACCACAAGAGGGCGCCGUGACCACACCUGCGCACCAAAACUGGGUCUCCAGCCCAGACCCAGACAACAUUGGUCUCCAAAUCUAAAGAGCCCUGGAAGUGGAAGUGGAGGAGUUUCCACAAAGAUGCAUGUGUCCUUGCCUAGCACAGGUUCUGAGCGGGAGACCUGUAACGCAGCUAACUGCAGAAACCGCUCAGGACAGAGCCUGAGGAGAGGAAGAAGAAAGGGGCCGGGAAGAUGGAGGAAGGCCAGAGGAGAGAGAGAAGAGGCCACUACCCCAUUUAGAAGCCAUCAGGGCCGGGACUGGAGAGAUGGCUCAGCAGUUAAGAGCACUUAUGCUCUUCCAGAGGACCCGGGUUUCGUUCCCAGCACCCACAUGGUGUCCCACAAUUGUCUGUAACUCCAGUCUCCGGGAUCCAAAGCCCUCUUCUGGCCUCUGUGGUGAGCAGGAACACAUGGGGUUCUUACAGACUUGGACCUCCGGCUCCAGAAUGCUCCUUCUACUGACCAUACUCCAAGCCUUGGCUGUAGCCAUAGUCCAGAGCCAAGGAGAUGAUAAAAUUCUUGGUGGCUACACAUGUGUUCAGAACUCCCAGCCAUGGCAGGUUGCUCUGCAAGCAGGACCUGGGCGUCGCUUCCUGUGUGGAGGAGUCCUGCUGUCAGACCAGUGGGUCAUCACUGCUGCUCAUUGUGCCCGCCCGCUUCUUCACGUAGCCCUGGGCAAGCACAACCUAAGAAGGUGGGAAGCGACGCAGCAGGUGCUGCGUGUGGUUCGCCAGGUGCCUCAUCCCCAGUACCGACCCCAGGCCCAUGACAAUGACCUCAUGUUGCUGAAGCUACAGAGGAAAGUGCGGCUGGGACGAGCAGUGAGGACCAUCCCAGUGGCCAGAUCCUGUGCCAGCCCAGGGACUCCAUGCCGAGUGUCAGGCUGGGGGACCACAGCCAGUCCCAUUGUCAGGUACCCCACUGCUCUUCAGUGUGUGAAUGUCAACAUCAUGCCGGAGCAGGUAUGCCAUCGAGCCUACCCUGGAACCAUAACCUCUGGCAUGGUCUGUGCCGGGGUCCCCGAAGGCGGGAAGGAUUCAUGUCAGGGUGAUUCUGGGGGACCACUGGUGUGUCAGGGACAGCUCCAGGGUCUCGUGUCCUGGGGAAUGGAACGUUGUGCUAUGCCUGGCUACCCAGGGGUCUACACCAAUCUGUGCAAUUACCACAGCUGGAUCCAGAGGACAAUGCAAAGCAACUGAUCAUCCAUUACCAUCUGAUCAUCACCAGCUGUCUCUGUACUUUCACGGCCUCCUCCAUCAGACACUUGAGUCCUUCCCAACACUCUAAGGUCCUCUUUAGCCCUCCUUCUUCACUUAAGACUCCAACCUUUAGCCUCUUCCCUCAGACCCAAGCCCCCAGGCUCCUCCCUCAGACCCAAUAUCCUUUCCCUUAUUCCAGGCUCCACCUUCCUUUCCAGGGUCUUGGCUCUGGAAUCUUUCUCACAGCUUGUUGUCACAGUUUGAGACUCACUGAGCCCAGAGGCUGGAGUACAAAUGCUCUGGGUCAAUAUCAUCAUCCAAAGAAGGCUGCUUCCAAAACUCUGUCUCUAAAAUCCAAAUAAAUAAAAACAAAAAUGGACUCUCCCUA